AUGUUAAUGGACCUAUAUCCUAAAAUAUUGCUUGUCUGGAUUCCUGGACGUACAAAUAUACCCGGUAAUGAAUUCGCCGAUAAGAUCGCGAAAUUAGCCACGACGGCGCCUGUGCACACAAUAUGCAACUUAAGCCACAAAGACAUCACCAAAUUUUGGAAAGCUAAACUUACACAAAAAUCUGAACGCAACCGUGUCGAGGAGCUUUCGGAUGCUUUAGAGCGCUCUUUGAUCAUUGAAGGUAUGACACAGUCUAAGGCUCAUGAAAUGGCAGUCGAGCAAACAGUUAACGUUUGUAGACUUAAUACUCGGUCGGAUUUGGUCAAAUCAAUUUUAUCGUCAACUACCUUCAGUGAUUCAAAGGACGUAGUGGCAAAAAUGAUAGUCGAACAAAAUAAUCAAGUGAAAGAGCGCCAAGUGUACAAUAAUAACGCUGAUAACAGUAGGUACAGCAAUAACGGUUCAAGGCAUAACGGUAACAAUUUCAACAAUAAUAGUAAUCGGUCAUCAAACAACAAUCGAAACAAUAACAGCAACAAUAAUAGUAAUAGACGUCCAAAUUCACGCAUAAGCGAUGAUUUUAACAUACCAUCUAAUGGUAUACUGGGUAAAGAUUUUCUAAAAAGUAACAAAUGCGUUAUUAGCUAUGCAAGCAAUCGUAUUUCCUUCUGGGUAGGCAAUGAAAAAGUCGCCAUACCUAUCCUACACGGAACCGAAAGCGACACUUGUAUCAUACCACCCAGAUGCGAAGUUUAUCGAAUUUUCAAUUUUGGCAAUUCGCCGGAUCCACUUUUUGUAGAAUCGCAGGAAGUUGAACACG